AUGCAGAACCUGGAAGACUACGAUCUGAGCGAAAUAUUUGGGGAAAUGUACGAGGCUGCAGGACAGGCUGCUGAAGGUCACGAUGCGACAACAAGUGGUGAGCAAGGCGAAACGGACGAUGAGGGCGUACUUACACCUUCAGAAGAGACCUGGGACGAAGACGCUGAGGAAGAUAUUGGAUAUGAUGAGGAUUACAGCGACAUAGACAACCAUCAGUACACUCCUGGCGAUUCUCCCAUCCUCGGCAACAACGGAGUGACAGAUACAACGCUGUUGCCUCAGCACGGCCAGCGCGAUCAGGAAAGGGUAAUCCAGACGGAAGCUAGUGCAUCAUCUGCCAUGCCACGAGAUUCGAUUUCCAAUGACUCACCACCGGAGUCUCAUCGAUCUGGGCUUCCUAGCUAUCUCACGGGCCUAACACAGAUUGCGUUGAGCGCUGAUUAUGCUCAAAGACGGCGCGGGUCAACGCCAGCAUUAGCGAAUGACGACCGUGCCGAGGAGGAUCCAUCAAGCGAUAAUACAACUGAGUAUGAGCCUGCUCGCUAUACUCCAGACAGUAACAGCCCUGCCAGGAGGCACUCCACGCCCGGGGUUCCUAGUGUCGUCGACUUCGUAGCAGAGCUCCGUGCCAUUGUCGGAAAUGAAUGGAAUCGUGUACACGGGAACGAUCCCGAUUGCAUCCCAAACCCGUAUGAUUCAGUCGAAGAUUGGGACUCACCUCACGACUGGGACUGGGUGGCAUUCCAAAACUACACAAGGUUUCCGCAUUUUAGAUGGCAGCCCGCCCCAAGCUGA